AUGAGCAAUCUCCUAAGACACAUGAACACCGGCUCAUUUGUUCCGGCAGUGUUGCUGGGAGAAAUGGAGUCUAAGACGAAUGAGCAAUCUCCUAAGACACAUGAACACCGGCUUACCUUUUCAAGGCGUGACAGGAUUUGGAUAUGCAAUAUCCAUAAUCUGCCUGCUGUUUCUGGCAUUCUCUUUUUGCCUGUGAAAGAUUUGGCAGAUGAAUCAGACCAAGGUCAGAUGGCUACCCAGGACAAGGCAGAAGUUUCUGCAGAUUAUGCAGCCGUGCAGGAUGGGGAAAAUGAGAAAGGAGAGGAUAAAGAUGAAACGGAUAAAGAGAAGACCAAAGAUCCAGACAAAGAUAAAGGAAAGGUGAAGGAUGUGGCAAGAAAAGGAGAAAAUGAAAAGGAGAAACUUAAAGGUCUAGAAGGAUCCAAUUUGGACACUUUUCUGCAGAGGUUUCCGGGUUGUGUGAGCCGGGACCUAUUGAUCAAUUGA